AUGUCCUUGGAAAAAGAACUAACGGUAGAAAGAUUUGAUAGUUUCUUCCAAACUGGUGAGGAUUUUUGUGAGGCUUGCAGCGUUUCGUUUCACAGAAGACCACAAAAAAUGGCUCAUGAACGACAGCAUGAUUCAGUGAAGAUCAUAGAGCGGUAUCAAGUUGCACCGCCACCAAAUUUACUUCCCUCAACCACCCUUCCUCUCACUUUCUUCGACAUUCCAUGGUUCUACUGCCACCCCAUCCAACGCAUCUUCUUCUAUGAGUUUCCCCACCCCACUCACCACUUCCUCGAAACACCACUUCCCACUCUCAAACACUCUCUUUCCCUCUCUCUCCAACACUUCUUCCCCUUUGUCUCCAAUCUCAUCGUUCCACCGCAACCCCGUCUCUCUCACAUCCGUUACCUUCCUGGUGACACUCUCUCCUUCACUGUUGCAGAGUCCACCGCAGAUUUCACCCUCCUCACCUCCGAUUCACCCCAAGACGUUGAAAACUGGCACCCUCUUGUUCCCACCUUACCUUCCCCACGGGUUGAGCAAGAUGGCAUACGUGUGUUUCCUCUCAUGGCCAUUAAAGUCACGGUUUUCCCAAACUCUGGCUUCAGCAUAUGUCUUACCUUCAACCACCUUGCUGGGGAUGGCAAAUCACUUCAUCAUUUCGUCAAGUUUUGGGCUUCUCUUUGCAAGGCAAGAGGGGACUUCGCUUCCCUUGAAACCUCUUUGCCUCUUCCUUCACACGAGAGGGACAAAGUUUUAGACCCAAAGGGGCUUAAGCUCAUUUACUUUCAAGAACUUGAACAUGGUGACUCGCAAAGAAUGGAGUUUUCUGGGCUCGUGCGAGACCUUUCCACUAACAAGGUUCGCUUCACUGUUGUACUCACUCGUCAACAAGUUGAGAAACUAAAGAAGUGGGUCACUCUUAAAUGUGCCAGCUACGAUUCAGGGCUAUUACACAUAUCAAGCUUUGUGGUGACAUGCUCUUUGAUUUGGAUUUGUAUGAUUAGAUCAGAGGAGAGCAAAAGCAAUUGUUUAUCACAAGAGUGUGAUGAACUUUGCCACUUGGUGUUUCUAGCAGAUUGUCGUGAUCAUCCUGAAUUUUCAUUACCUUCAACGUACUUUGGGAAUUGUCUAACCUCUUAUAUUGUGACAAUAAAGAGGAGGGAGCUAGUGGGAGAAAGUGGUAUUGUUGUUGCAGCAGAGGCCAUUGAAAGGCAAAUUAGAGAUUUGAAGAGAGAUCCUUUGAGAAAUGCUGAAACAUUGAUGUCAGAUUUUAGGGAGUUAGGGAAACCAGGUAAAUCUGUGUUGACCGUUGCGGGUUCACCAAAACUGGGCGUGUACCAGACUGAUUUCGGUUGGGGAAAGCCUAAGAAAUGUGAAGCAGUACAUAUUGAAUCGUCAGGAUCGAUUUCUCUUUCUGAUUGUAGGGACGAAAAAGGAGGAAUUGAGGUUGGAUUGGCACUGGAAAGGACUCAGAUGAAUAAAAAGUUCACCAACAUCUUAGAAGAGGAACUUCGUGUUAUUAAUAAAUUCUAA